AUGGUUUGCUGCAAGAAGAAACCAAUGGAGGAUAAACCUGAAAUAACUGUACCGUUUCCUGACGGUGGCUGGGGGUGGCUUGUUUGCAUGGCCACCUUCACUACGCAAUUCAUCGUUCUCGGCACUAUGAACAACUUCGGGGUGGUGUAUGUGGAGCUACUUAACGAGUUCAAGACUGGAAAAGCUGAUGCAGGUAACGGAGAUUUUUUUUUCCGUACCUUUUAUUUUAAAUUCUGCUGUGACAAAAACAAGAUGCAAAUGAGUUUCUUAUUGUUUGAUAUUUUAAAUAUCUUGCGCUGAACUUAAAUUGCUUAUAACUGUUACCUGAACGAUUUGACAGUUUCGGCGUAGAAAAAAAGAUAGAUCUUGAAGCUAACGCUUUAUGCAUGUUGCAAUAUUACUGAGAAUUUAUCACGCUGUUUGCUAGUCGAGCAACUCUUGCUAUCGAGACCCGCGAAGGACCUGAUAAAUUAAGUCUUCAGCGACUCGUUUUCCGAAGCGAUGCGCUAACCGGUGAAAAUCUUUACCUAUACUUUCCCGAGGGGAAACUUUGAUAUCAGCUGUUAAAACGACUUUGAAAAUAAUCGGCAUUCUAGUCGCGGUUCGACUAAAGCGGAAAAGAGAAACUUUCGGAGGUCAUUCAGAAGGUUUUGAAAAUACUCCCCCUUUCCUUGUAUUUCGACAAGUUCGACCCUUCUUGCGUAUGACUGUGCUUUGCAACUUCGAUAUCUCAUGUUCCUGAGUCCUCCUUAUAACAAGAUGUGCGGCAAUUCUGUUAGAUUCUCAGCUGAGCCUCACAAAAAUUUUUAUCUUCUUCCAUCGAAUUCGCUCCCCAUUGUUACAUGUGACAGUAGAUGUCAAAGUGUCGUCAAAAACCUGUUUUUCUUGAUUAUCGUCCAAUCAGAAAGCUUUGAUUAAAACUGCAUGAUUUUUAGGGGUUUUCCAUUACGUCAAAACCGGUCCCCCAACACACCCACAAUUGAUUGCACUGCCGAUAAGUUUCGUUACAAGAACUUUCGUUUUGGUCUUCCAAUGUAAAAUUCCUAGCUGGUGUAGAUUUUGUUUAAGAUUUUGUUGCUACAAAUAAAGAAAAAACUUCUGUCAAUAUUUUCAUUGUACCGGCCAAGUUGAAAAGGAUUCAUUUGCAUUCAAUAGGUCUUGUCAUUUGUCAAGACCAUUGUUUUUUUUUUUCGUUUGAACAAUAGUUCUCAAACUCUGCUUACCUUGUACAAAACAGUCAAGAGAACAAUUUAAAGACGCCUAAGUCAAGCCAUUGACGUAGUUUCAUACAAUAAACUCACUGAAUAGCCUCUUUUACAAUGUUAUUACAAAUGUUAAACCUAUUCAAUUUCACGCUAAAUCGACAUCUUUUGUUAACGAAAUUAACUUCAGGGAAACUCUUUCGCACACAGAAACUUUCCUUGUCAAAACUACAUUUUAAGAUUCUUUUACCUAAGAAUACUGUCAAUCAUAACCUUAGCUUAUCUCUUCCUCUGAUAACCCUAAGUUAACAAGAGAUUAAAAGGCUCGGAUUUCCUAGAUAUAAAUAGCGCAGUGGCGAUACUUGUCAAUCGUUCUUUUAGAUAGUGAACUUCGGAAGGGCAUAGGAAAUUAAUCGAGAAGUUGUUUCGUUUACCUACGGGAAAGUUUUACCUCUUAUUCAUAAACAUUACAAAAUCCACACAACGCUAGGUUCACCGCUAAUUAAAACCAAAUUCCGGGCUAGGAUAUUGUCCGUCUCGAAGAGAAGAAAACUACAUCGAAGUGGGCCUCAAGCGAAGUUUCCGUUUCACGGGCACUGAGCGCAAUAAAAAAUGGUGAUUAGAGAUACUAAGGAAAUGGUUAUUCCGCUUUCGCAAUAAGCGCUGAGCAAAAAACAACUCGGUAGGUGGCUUAAACCUGCCAUGAUUCAGAGGCUUAACGAAGCACGGAAACAUUCAAAAUGCAAAAUAACAAAUAGAGAGCCGAAUACAGCUUGUCCUGUCUACGAGAAAAGUAAGAAAAACAUUUUUGUUUAAUGGUGCAAUUUAUAUUAACAAUGGAGUGGCACCUCAAAUGAAGUUUGUCUUACGAAACUUAGGAGUUUCAUUCCAUUCCUGCGUGAAAAGAAACAGUUCCACAGGAAAUAACUUGAUUGUGAUUAAUUUUUGGUUCGUGGUUUUCCCUUACGCAUAGUUAAUUAAACCUGAGUUGGAAAAUAAAAAUCCCGAACAGGAAAACGAACAUGCUGACAAACGCAACUUGAAGCUUCUUAUAAGCGCUUUUUGAGAUAAUUUUUUUCUCUGAGUGAGAAUCGAGACAGCGAACUCCAUGAUAUGUUGAAAUGCUCUUAAUUAACGCUUAAAUCAUAUCUUCUUAAGCUGAUGUUGUUACUAAUGAACCUUGAGGAAAAUAUUUGUUUGAGCAUAUUCAUGAAGAGCGUUGACGGUCUACAGGGUUCGAGGAAAGAACAGAGGGUUGAACCCUACUUUGCCGAAGCAAGAUUCUCUUGAAUUUUUUUUUUUAAAUCUUAUUUACAAAAGAUUCGCACCUAAACGCAGUUCACGCUAACAGUGCCAUAAUCUGAACCAUUUAGUGUCGAUUUUUUUUGGCCACGGCAUUCAUCGAGGCAUGUGUUUCCUGCGAAUUUGGGAAGAAUUUGUGAAACAUAACAAAUUUAUUUGGAUAGAUUCGACUAAUGUAGGGUCUCAGCCAGUCUUUUGAGAUUUUGAAACCUUUGAUUUCAUAUUUUUAUAAAGUGAGCACAAACGCACAAAUCGACGCCGAGAAAGUUUUUCGUUUUGCGGUUUGCAGCAGGGGUUUGCGAGGUGGUCAGUUCAAAUCCUUGACGCGUGGCGCUCACCGGCCGGAAGCGCGUCAUUACGCGCGAGAAAAAUCACAACGAUCCACUUUUCUGCGAGAAAUUAUGCUUUUACAACCUUUUUCACUAAAGCUACCCACUUGCCUCGCUUGUUGUCCUCCUUCUCAAGCUCGUUAAAAGUCCUUGAUAAAUACGUGUGAUAGAUUUUGGCCAGAACACGCGACUCAGACCCCGGGAUAUUUUUGCUGAAAACCAAGACUGUGUCUAUUUACUUUGAAAGCAGCCUGUGAAUUGGAUAAACAGAAGUCAAGUCUUCGUGAAAUAAGUCUCCCUUUUACCACACGAAAUGAAGUCUGCUAGCAUUUUCUUAUCUCUACACUACAUUUAUUUAAAAAAAAAAAAACUAAGGUGUUGAUAAUUCAUGGUGAAAGAGUAAAUUUGUUUUUCGUUAAGCAAAAGCAGCAAAUAAAUGCUGCGUACCUUAAAAUUUAAUGGCGUUUCCAGGGCUUGAUGCUGGCUUGAUUACUUAAAACUUAUGUUGAUUUGUGCAGAUUGUUUAUGGCAUUUAAAAUAUUUUUUUGCUUCUUGGCAGAACAUGGGAUUAAACAGAGUUCUAAAUCAAAGUUUUUUUCUGUAAACACCGAAAGUUCCUCAUUCAUUCCUUGUACAAAAACAGAUUUAAUCUCUGGCUAAAAUUAUUGAAUGAAAAUUCGAUUUUAAUGAUUCCGUGUUGAGUGAAAGGCAAUCCCAAAUUCAUUCCCUCAUGAUGCAAAAGCUCUGUUUUUCUUUUAAUGUCAUCUACCUCAACAAAAAUUGAGUGACAGGGUAGUAAUACAAUCAUUGCUUUGUCUGCUCUUUAACGCCAAAAUCACCUCGCGAUUUCAAAUUACACAGCAUGGGUGAAUUCAAAAAAUUAGAAUUUAGAGGAAGAUCCCACUUUCCUAGAGUUACAAUGAACCAAUACUGGGUGAAGAGGGAUUAGAAACAGUCCCAUUGAACCUUCCAGCUAAAUCUGCCCAUUCAUAUUAACCCUUUUCCGCCCAUAAGUGAUUAACAAGUAACUUCUCCCCAUAAUAUCCAUACACAAUCCAGCAAUUAGGUAAUGAGAAUACUCAAACUAACAUGUACCUGGUAUAAGUUAUUGACCAAAAUUGUAAACCAAAUCCUCAAAAUAACUUUGCAAGAAAAUGUGCAGGAGCUAGAGGGGAGAAUUGACAAUAAGAUCUUGGUAGGUUAAAGGUUAAGCAUGCAAUAAACCUCUAGACAGAAAAAGACAUGCAUAUCAAGGAGAAAAAAAAUUGGGUGAUUAAAAAACUUAAAUCACAUGCUGUUUUGCUGGAUUGAUCAGCAAGCCUGCUGAGAGUAAUUUCCUUUGCCUAAACAGCUGUUGAUAGCACUGAGAGCUGAAUUAGCCCAGCUGAUAGAAAGGAAAUUCUUAAGAAUGCGUAUGACAUUGAAGUUGUGACUAAAAGGAUGAGGCUUCACUAAUCUGAAAACAUUCUUUCCACAGCAUGGGUUGGUUCCAUAACAUAUGGGAUGAUGUUCUUACUUGGACCUAUCGCAACCACACUGUGCCAAAAGUUGGGCUGUCGUGCUACAACAAUGAUUGGUUGCAUGAUUGCCGCAGGAGGUUGUCUUCUGGGUUCAAUAUCAACAAGUAUUUACCUGAUGGACUUGACAUAUGGGUUCCUUUUUGGUGUUGGAGCAAGCAUGUGUUACUUCCCAUCCGUGGUAAUCUUAGGCCAGUACUUUUCAAAGCGUCUCUCCUUAGCCAAUGGGAUCACUUCCUCAGGGAGUGGUGUAGGCACACUUUGCAUGGGUCCUAUAAUGCAGAAAUUAAUACAGCACUUUGGCCUGCGCAACACAAUGAGAAUCUCUGCUGGAAUGCUCUCUUUGGUAGUAUUCUGUGCUAUUAUUUACAGGCCCAUAAACACUGGUUUUCUAAAACCACCACCCAAGCCUGCCACAGGGCAAAAGCAGUCACGAUUUGCUGUUCUCAAAAGUUUUAAGGAACUGUUCAGGAACAAGGCAUACAUUUUGUGGUGUGCAGCACUGGCACUGUGGAUGUUGGGUUACUUUGUGCCAUUUGUGCACUUGGUAAGCAUUAAUGCAGGUGGAUUAACCAAUACACUUAUAGUGUGUGAAAAAAAUCUUCCCAUUCUUAAUUCAGCUAAAUCUGUGUGCAGCACAAGAAUUGAAUGCUUUUAUAAAUUUUUGGCUCUUCUGCGCACAAAAUUAGCUAGGUUCACAUACUGAAAACUUAAAUUAGUCAGCAGACAACAACAUAUUCUAUCUCAAUGCUGCUCUCUCAAUGCAUCUCAGUGAUGUAAAUACCAGUAGCAAGCCAGAAUUUGUCUUUAACACUCAAAGAAACAAACUAAAAAUUACAUCGCUACAAAAGAAUUAUAGAAGCCUUGAAAGGAUUCAAUACACUAACUGUGAAUGCUCAAAAGAGUGUCUUUCUCCUUACCUUUCCAAGGUGCGUCUUGCCACAGAAGAAGGUAUCGACCCAUUUAGAGCAACUCUGCUCAUCGGCAUCAUGUCAGUUGGAUCUACUCUUGGACGUCUCAUUUUUGGCAAGGUGGCUGACCACCCAAGAGUGAACAGAUUGUACCUUUACCAGAUCUCCUUCCUCAUGAUUGGAAUUAGCAACACCCUGUGUCCUGUAUUGACCUCCUACACUGGGCUAGUGAUCUACUCUACUGUGUUUGGCUUCUUUGAGGGGUGCUAUGUGCUUCUGGCUCCUGUCCUAACAGGCGACAUUGUUGGAAGAGACAAGAUGGCCCAUGGUGUCGGUGUGUUAUUUGCCCUCAAGUCUGUGCCUCUUACUCUAGGACCUCCAAUUGCUGGUAAGUGAAGAAGAAACAAAAAGAAAAUGCAUUUCCCAUGGAAUAAUAUGCAUAAAAUUGUUACAGUGGCUUUGCUUCUAUCAAACUAUUAUUACUUGGACUGAUUACCAAACAAAAUAACCUGUUAACAUACAGUGUGCCCUUGGCCAGUGUGUUUUUGUUACAUUUUGAUUUAGUUAACUAAGGAAGUUUAAAUACAAAGCAAGCAGUCCAGUUUGCAGUUUACACGAGCAAAUGUACAGACAAAGAAAAAUCUUACUUUGCUCAACCUUAUGACAACCAUGUAAAGGGAAAAAGAAUGCCCUUCAAUAGGCUAACAACAAAACAGCAAUCAAAUCAAUCCCCCUGCCUCUUAAAUUUGCAUUUAGAAGAGCUUUGCUUUCAAAAAAUAUGUGAUAAAAAUAUCUUAAUUUAAAAAAGUUGUUAACUCUGUUUAUCCCAUUUCACUUCUUUGCUGAAGAAACUGCAUGCAAUUUUUUUUCCUCAUUUUAAGGCUUCAUCUAUGAUGCAUCCAACUCAUACCAAGUUGCCUUUUACAUUGCUGGUGCUGUGCCAACUGCUGCAGCCUGUAUGAUGUUUGGCAUUCCAUACCUCAUGCCAGAAAGAGAAGAAGACAACAAAUGCAAGGUUGUCCUCAUGGAAGAGAGUGGGUUCAAUGAAAAGCCAACCUACUUUGACGAGAAAUCAUCUCACUUCGACAAGAAGAGAGCCAUCAUGGAAAAGGAGCAACAAAUGAGUGGCAAAAACAACAACCCCAUAAUACCUGACGUCAUCAUAGAAGAACCAGAAACAGACGAUAACAGACCAGUGUCAUUCUGUAGCGUUGGGAGCAAUAAUGGCCUUUCUACCCUCAGUGUUAACAACAAACGUAACACCAUGGGACUUAGUACAAAUAGCAUUUCAUCAGUGCGAGAGACAUGCCUUGUGUCAGUUGACACUAUCAAUGUUCGAAGAAGCAGGGUUCUGCAGCUUAAAGGGGAGCUAAGUAGUUCUGUGUUUUCACUUGUCAGACGUUAUAUGGACAUGCCAAAGGAGAUUGCAGCAAGUGAAUGCGGAAGUAUAGCAUGCAUUCCGCAACACAUUGCGAACACUCCUCAAGAGCCUCCACCAGUCCCAAAAGAAAGAGUGGUCAUUGCAGGAAAAGAAACUGUUGUGUAAGUCACAAUCAUUUCCUCAAUCAGUCCCUUCUACCAUGGAGUACUCUUCACAUCAGGUAGAAAGUCUUGAAUAGCACUUUAAAUUAGUGCUACAAAUCAAAAAUAGUUAUUGAAAGUAACUUCAAAUUACAACUUCAGCACAAAGUAUUGUGCAAAAAGGGUAAAAUCAAUGCUUUGAUUUUAAGAAAACACAGACCAGAUAAAGAAAAUUAACACUUUAUUAACCACAAGGUAACUACUCUAAAAUAUAUUUUUUUGGGAUCAAGAGGCAUCCAUUUUUAGCACUAACACAAUGCUUUUAAUCAAAAAAGCAAAUCACACUGUCAGUGAUAUUGAAAAUAACUCUAUCCUAUUAAUAUAACGCGAGAUCAAGAGUGGUUCCAAAAUCAAACGAUCAAUUAUUCUCUUCACUAAUUGACCUGAUUUCUCAUGACAUUAGUGAUAUAAAAUUGGGAAUACAUGAAGGUAGUUUUGCUUAAGUAAGGAAAUUCUCUCUUAUUCUUCAUGAAAGGUACAUUCUAAAUUGAAUCAGUUCCUGUCUGAACACAUUUUUGAACUGGAACUUUUGUGAGAGAAGUAUAAAACUGAAUUACAAAAAAAUUUGACAACCAAAUUCACUAUUUAAAGAGGAGCUAUAUUAGAAUACCUCUUAACUAAAUAUCUCUAACUCUAUUUUUUGUUGGGUAAGUUCAGUUAAAGGUGCUCAUUUCAAAAGGCUUUUUAAAUACUGGGAACUUUUGAUCUUGAGAUUAACUACCUCCACCCCUCUCACUGUAUCAUAAUAAAAACACGUGCCAAAAAAAGGUGAAUUGUGAGGAGUUUCUUUUGACAAGAGCCUUGAGAAAAGGCUCAAAUGUACAUUUCAAGACUUACACAUCAGUGAGAGGGCACGAGGUUUUUCAGCCUUUUAACAUGGAUACUGAUUCCCCACAAAAAAAAAAAAACAAACAAACAAACAAAUCUGAUAAAGGGAAAAUGUUCUAAAUUAUUUUGUCCUGGAGGAGGGUUUCAGAUUUUUGCCAUUUGUGUGAGAAAUGAUAAUGUUUGGCUAUGUUCAUUGAUGUCAUUUCAAAGAAUGACAUUUGAGGCAUCUCUUUUGCAAAACAACAAAUAUAUUAUAGUGAUGAUACAAAUUACAAACAAAUGAAAAAGAAUUACUUAAUCAACAAUAUUUGAAAAUUUAUUUAAUUCCAAUUGGUUUUAAAGAGGAAGGAAACUUCUGUAUCCAAACAAUCAAUGCUAUGUGAUUCAAAGAAAUUUAAGUUAAUUUGGACAUUGACAUUUUGUCAUAGAAUGAAAUAUGAACUAGUUGAGCUUGAAGUCUCUACAGAAACUUGUCCAAUAUCAGCCUAGCUUUUUUCUUUUUUUUUUUCACACUAACCUUAAGUUCACAAAAGUUUCACAACAACAGUACCUGAAAAAUACUGGUAAUAACUAUACAGCUAAAAAAAUCAGAAAAUUGAGAGCACUAGAAAACUUUUUGGAAUGUUUUUUUGUUCAUUAAUAGGCCAAUGCAUUAUGAAAUGAGUGUGUUUUAAGCAGCCUCAAUUAUUAGUUUUCUGUUUCAUGGGUUGCUUUCCCUUGCAUAAAUGGUUGUAGCACAAUAAACAUUCUAAAAAUAAUUCAGAUGUUAACAGAUUUUUGGGUUUCACAGUGUUAAGUUUUGGAGAUGACAAAGAAUGUAACUUCUGAAGACUUAUUUAUGUUGAUCACAACUGAGUUUUACUAUUUUAAAAUUAUUUGUAGCCACAGUAUCAUAUUGAAUAGUGUAUUACCCUAGAGGCCAAUAGUGAGACUUCAUAACCAAAUAAUUUUAUAAAUCAGUUGUUAGGGUGAAUCAAACAUUGUAACAUUCUUUAAUACUAUUGUUUUUGUCGUUGAUGCUGUGAAUGUCAUCUUUAGCAUACAACCUGGUGCUUAUUUCUUACUUAUUUAUUAAGAGGUUUUUGUACUGCAACUGGAUUUCCAAUAGCUAUAUUCGAUACCCAGUUUUGUUUGUAAUACCAAAUAUCCGACCAAGUUUUGAAGGAGGCCAACCUUUUCUACUUGACAAUCACAGCUAACUGCGAUUAAGACAGAUGGUUUGUAAGUAACAGAGUAUUGUGAUAGUUUUAGUAAGUCACAACGUUUAGCAACACAGCAAAAGCAAAGCACUAGGGCGCAAAAUAGACUGAAUAACUUAACAACAGGCACUUUGAGAUGUAAGUUAGUUUCUUUGUUUGACAACCAUAAGAUAUGCAGUUGUGUUUUUGUUUCCAUCAUUCUGUAGACUGCACUGUCAUUGAGUAAAGAUACAGUGAGGACAAUUCAAUCCAUUCCCCUGUUAGAGUUGUUGUUGGAACUCAUAUUGAGAAGGAAAAAAAAAAAAUAAAGUGCA